UUUUAUGGUUGUUAGCGCGCAAAUCAAAUGUCAGUCUUGUCGGUUCCGUUAGUGGCGUGGCUCAAUGCGAAUGCGCAGUGAACGGCCGAACGAUCCGUACUGCAGCUGCCACUUUAUAACACAGGUUUUCAGCCUACGCGCCGUUUCACUUAAAUGUUAGGCGUGCCGCACGUGUAGGGACUGUUUCAUUGCGCAGUAGAAACAAUGCGGCUUUUGCGUUCGAAAAGCCCGGUAUUGCCAGAGCUGAUCCGCAACACAGCUGGAAUGCCGGAGGCGCGCGCGCAAAAAGAAAAGAAAGCUUUGGUCCCCUUUCUCUACGCGCUGCCUGUCGGCAGCUGUUCGUCACGGGGCGAGCCUGAUUACCGCGCUGCUUGUCGAGUGGAUGGGCGCCUCUUCUCAAGUGCUUGAUCGCGAGCGAACGGAGAUACGCGCGGUAAACACGGUCGGUCUCGUUCUAACAGCGGGCGCGUGCGUGAAGCCGGGCAAAAUCUGUUUCAAUCGGAGCGAUGGCGGCAGAAGCGGCGUCCUCCUACCCGAGCGUUCCCCAGCUCGCGAUGCAUGCGCUGCGCAAAUUUCGCUCGGAGUUCGGGGCGGAUCCCAUGUACUACGGAAGCGCGCCAGGGCGCGUCAACUUGAUCGGCGAGCACGUGGACUACUGCGACGGCCUGGUCCUGCCAUGCGCAAUGCCGAUGUACACUGUGGUCGUUGGCUCCGCUGUCGUGGGAAGCACCACGUGCAACGUCCACAGUUUAAGCUAUCCUGAGCCGGCAAGCUUUCAGCUGCCAUCAGAAGAGGCUCCUCUGAAACCAGGUGGACCAUCGUGGAGUAAUUAUGUCCGGGGUGUCGUGGCUCAUUUCCCAGGACACAUACGGAGUGGCUUCAAUGCGGUUGUGAUCAGCUCGGUGCCUGCAGGAGCAGGCCUGUCCAGCUCGGCCGCAUUGGAAGUGGCUAUGUUCAGCUUCCUCAGGGCACUGCUUGAGCCAGAGGAACUAAGUGAUGCACACCAGGCUCCACUAUUCUGCCAGAAGGCAGAGCACGAGUUUGCCGGUGUGCCGUGCGGUAUCAUGGACCAGAUGGCUGCCUACUGGAGCAAGCUGGGCCACGCCUUGCUUCUCGACUGUCGGUCCCUUGCCUUGGAGCAUGUGCCCGUCAACCUGACCUCCGUGGUGAUUCUGGUGACCGACUCGCAAGUGAAGCAUGCUCUCACAGGUGGUGAAUAUGCCCAACGCCGCGAGAACUGCCAGGCUGCCAGUGCCAUCCUCGGCAAGAGCCUGAGAGAUGCUUCACUUGAAGAUCUUGAAGGCUGUCGGGAACGAAUGACAUUGGAACAGUAUCGGCGAGCCCGACACGUCAUUUCUGAAAUCCGGCGCACAACCCAAGCAGCUGAACUGCUCCGAAAGGGCGACUUCCGGGGCCUGGGCGAACUCAUGAAUGCCAGCCACGCAUCUCUUAGGGACGACUUUGAGGUUUCCUGCCCCGAGCUGGAUGAACUGACUCGGCUGAGCCUGGAGUCCGGAGCAUACGGAUCUCGGCUCACAGGCGCGGGAUUUGGUGGUUGCACUGUGACGUUGAUAGAGGAGCGGCACUUGACAGCUGCAAUGGACAAUAUCAAGAAUAACUACAAGGGACAAGCUAUCUUCUACAUCUGCAAGCCAUCGGGAGGUGCAUCUUAUGGCCGCCUGCGCCGGUGAUCAGACAUGCCAUGCUUUGGUGGGCCCUACUGCCUGCUUUGAACGACAGAUCUGCACAGAGCCACACUCCAUACAAGUGUCGACAGGACAGCCCAGUUUGAUAGCUCUAGUGCGUUCUGUUUAAAAAAAUCACCAGUAACAUUGCCUUAACUGCAAUUUCAUGUCAAAAUGCAAUCCAGCUAACCUGGACUACAGCUUAUGAGUCACAUCAUAAGCGGGACAGAUUGCACCAUGGUGCUGCAAUUUCAGUCCUGUCCUGCAUUUGUAAUUUUCUCAGUUAUAAAGUCUGCUCUCGACAAAAGUGGCACUAUCAAUAAUUUGGAGAACUAAUCUCCUUCUUUAACUUGAGUUGUAUAUUCUCACAGCAUCCCUUAAACACAUAGUUAAAAUUGCUUUGUGAAAGCAAGGUACCGCUUUCACAUCUAAUGACACGCUUUGUCAAUUGUCAAGAAUAUUUUAUAUGUGCGCUAAUUCUUUAGAUACCUUGUAGUGUGGAGAAACUAAAGCUUGAAAUCUUGUAGAAGACACAGAAACACAAAGAUUAAGAAAGUUGUAAUGACGUUUCACUUUGGGUGUGCGGGUUACACAUAAGUGUAUGGGUGUUGUACAGAGUUUCUAAACUAUAUGCCAUCUUGCCUGAUACACCCGGAUUGUCGCAAGAUGCCUGGUACAUUUCUCGGGAGUCUUCUGGGCACACCAAGACCACAUCUUUUGCCAGACUUGGUAAGCUUGUGCCCGGCGCUUGGCAAUGGCGUCGAGGUCGAUCUACUCGUAAUCAGCUUGCCGCUGCUCACAUUGCUGGUCCACCUUUCUCGCUCGGUGCUCAGCCUCUCAACCAUGACAUGAACCCGGUACGUCCAUUGCACACACAGAACCCAUAGCAACUGCCAGAGCAGGUCAACCCAGCGCGCUUCUGCCUACCCUUCUCCUCCGUGACGCUUUGGCUCCUUUCUCCUUCCCCGCUUCGUUCAAUGCCACCCAAACUUUGCUCUAGGUCUGCCACGCAUUGUGCGCACUCCUCCAGACUUUCCCUGGCAUGUGAUUCUCUUCUCCACCUUCAGGCGCCUUCCCCCUCUGAUACUCACUUCCCUCGUGGCGACGCACAUAAUGUUGCCGAUGUCACAGAUGGGGAAUCUGUGCUUGUGCGUAAAAGAAAAAGGAAAAGGCUGUGAUAAGGGCAAGCAAGGACAGUGUUUGCACUGUUCUCCUUUCACAUGGUUGACAAACUGUAUAAGCAGCAUUGCUUUUCUUUUUUUUUCUGUCCUUGCAUUGUCUGCAGUGCUGCUUUGCACUGAUGAAUGUGGACAAACUUGCCCAACUUUAUCAGCAUUGACGUACACCGGUGUGUUUCAAUAGUAGAGUCAAACCUCAAUGUAACGAACACAAGUAUAUAGUUAAUAUAGAUUUUUUCUUGCAGGUAUCAGCCUAUAACAAAUAUUGAAUAUAAGGAGGUCUGAUAGUAUGGAGACAUUUUGCCAGCAACAGAUUUGCUAUCUCAUGAGCACAAAGGCAGGCAAGAAUUUGGAUUCAGAUACACGCAAGCGAUAAUUCUCCUUGGAACGUCAUUUCAAAUAAACUUUGCAUUUGCAGGCAGGGACAUUGGUGCUGCAAAAUUAGAGCUUAGCUUACACGCUUCUGCUACCAAAUCUCCAAGCAUGCAGAUUCAUAGACCUCGACUGCUACAUUGAUUUCAUCGAACUGUACCUUUUCAGCAUUAUCCCUUUGUAAAAUUUCAGCUCGUCUACUUGCUGGAAGAUGGUGCAAAUGGCCCAUUGUGGCAAUAGCCUUCUUUUCAGAGUGGUGAAUCCCUCAAAAAUGAAUAUCAUGUUUCAAUAUAGCUCUCGACACGACAUUUCUGAGCAUUAUGCACCUUGCAUCUCGUGUGAAAUAUUGAAUUACAUGUGGGUACAUAGGUGUAUCAUGCACCAUGCCUCAUUGAUGCACAGCCCACAAGCUGUAGUGCCCAAGUCACACUACUUGCCAAAUAAACAUUUCUUCCCCCACA